AUGCCUUCUUUCAAAAGCAUACGCAGGCAGGUCCUGUGGAAUUUGAACUCGAGAUAUAUUUACGGACGCUAUCCUCUCCUACACACCUUAGUAUUCAUCACCGAGUUAAUCAUGGUUUCCUUCCUGGUGUCAAAAUUCAACAGCUACUAUGCUGCGAGACCAGUUCUCACGACCAUGGUCACCAACGCCAUUCUUGGUGGUGUAGCCGACACUGUCGCUCAGUCUAUCACAGCAGUCAGGGAACGCGCCGUUCGCAAACCUGGUGGCCCCGACCCCAGGUCCGACCGAUUGGCUAUCGAGAUCCACGAGGUGGACCGCAGAAUCUCUGAGGAGGAGCUCAUCCCCGACUCCAAGGCUCUGCCUCCACCAUUCGACUUUGAGAGAUUGACGAGAUUCAUGGCAUACGGUUUUAUCAUGGCUCCCAUUCAGCACAAGUGGUUCGGCUUCCUCAACCGUAUCUUCCCCUUGGCCAAGGGAGCUGGUACCAGUGCAGCAGCAAAGAGAACGGCCUUUGAUCAACUUCUCUUCGCACCCGUCGGUCUCGGAGCCUUCUUCACCUUCAUGACGGUGGCAGAGGGAGGUGGUCGCACCGAGAUCCAGAAGAAGUUCCAGGAUAUCUACAUCCCCUCGCUCAAGGCCAACUACUUGGUCUGGCCUGCUGUGCAGUUGAUCAACUUCAGACUGAUGCCGCGCCAGUUCCAAAUUCCCUUUGUGUCUACUGUUGGUAUUGCAUGGACUGCUUACCUUUCCCUGUCCAACUCGGCAGAGGAAGCUUAG